AUGCGUGACACCACAACAACUAUUGAUACAACAACAAUUUUGGCUUCCACAUCCAGCGCCCCAACAUCCUCAACUACAGCUGCAGCGUCAACAACAACUGAUGCAGAAACAACAGCUCUGUCUGACACCACUACAACUACUCAUGCAACAAUAUCUUUUGAUUCCACAACCACCACUCUAAUGUCAACCACUGACUCAUCAUCUACAACACUGUCUGACACAACUACAACUACUGAUGCUACAACAACUUUUGAUUCUACAACCACCCAUGUAUUGUCAACCACUGAAGCAUCAACCACAUCUCUGUCUGACACCACUACAACUACUGAUGCAACAAGUUUGGCUUCCACAACCACCCCUUCAGCAUCUACGACUGUAGCAACAACAUCAACGAAAAUAGACGAAGCAACCACAACUUUGUCUGAACCCACAACAGCAACUGAUGCUACUGAUGCUACAAGUUUGACUUCCACAACCACCCCUCCAGCAUCUACGACUGUAGCAACAACUUCAACAAAAAUAGACGAAUCAACUACAACUUUGUCUGAACCCACAACAGCAACUGAUGCAACCACAAUCUUGGCUUCCACAACCACACCUGUGACAUCGACAACUAUAGCACCAGUAUCAACAACUGAUGCAGCAACCACAACUCUGUCUGGCACCACUACAACUACUGAUGCAACAACAUCUUUUGAUUCCACAACUACCCAUCUUAUGUCAACCAGUGACGCAUCAACUUCAACUCUGUCUGACACAACUAUUGAUGCAACAACAUCUUUUGAUUCCACAAGCACCCCGCUAAUGUCAACAACUGAUGCAUCAACCACAACUCUGUCUGACACCACAACAACUACUGAUGCUACAACAACUUUUGAUUCCACAACCACCCCUCCAACCCGCUAA